GAAACCGGCGUGAGACGGCAUUGAAUAUUAGUUCCACUGUCGUGUGAAAGGUCUGCGAUCUCUCAUGCUAAAGAAAUCCUUUUGUACAGUUAAGCCUUGUUAAUUGCCCUGCAGUACCGUGUACACCGUGCAUAAUUGUUUGUGUGUGUGUGCGGGACGGAAAAAAGCGCGAACAUCGUGUCAAUCGCUGUAGCAUAGGACGCGGAACACAGCCCGGACAAGCCGGUGUGGAAACGCCUCCCCCUCCCUUUAGGAACGCUGGAAGCUGAAAGGGCGUAUAGAUAUCCUCGUUGUGGGCGAACGGCAUGGGCGAUCUUUUCGCGUUGCUAAAUGAUAUCAAAAAUAACGACAACAAAAUGGAAUUUUGCGAAGAUUUCCACCAACUACAGAUUAUCCUGAAUGCCGUCAAUCAAUAUAUUCACCCGUUCGAUAAGAUCGUCUUCGACAGCGGAAACGGGCCUUACAUUAUCGAAGUUGUUGCCCGGUUGCUUAAGUACCUACGCGUCCAGAACUAUCUCAACCAGGAGAACAAGGUAAACACCCAGUUCGAGCCAGAGCUGCGCCGGAUCACGAUGUACCUGCUGUUAAACACGGACGUUAGCUUCCGGUAUGACCUGAUACAGGAACCGCGGGUAAACCAUCUUCUAAAUAGUCUGCCCCAGCUGACCAAGUGCCUGCUAAUGAACUGCAUCUGGGGUCUCGAUCUGGACCGCUUCUUCUACGAGAUGUUGCGCUACGCACCACUCUGGUUCUCGAUGCAGUUCAUAGACCAGGCGAUUGUUAGCCUCAAGUACGGCAAACCGCAUGAGGUGCUGACACGGAUCGAGUCGAUGGUGUGUGCGAUCUAUUUCGCCAUGUGCCGAACGGAUGUCGACUGGCAGAAUGUGAACCGGAGCGAGUAUGUCAACCACCAGCGGACGCUCGCCCGUAUGAGUGACUAUGUUGGGGAGAUGUUGCGAUUCGUUAACACGCCGGAAGCGUCCAAGUUUGAGGGUUGGUCAAAGCUGCGCAAACAUCGCUACUUCGGAUUCGUACUGAAACACAUGUUCAGCAUGACAAUGGCCUGUCUCGAUCUGUACUUCCGCAAACCGGCCAUCCCGGUUGAUCCGGCCAUGUCUGUGUACCAGCUGAUGGAUGACGUACACGUGGACAAACCGGCACCGGUCGAAUAUUCCCAGGCGACGGUAGGGACGCUGCUCAAGAUCAAUCACUUCCUGCUAAAUACGCUCGAGAUAUGCAUCAUGCACGUGUCGCUCGAAUGCUUCUGCUACUGGGCGGAAAUUAAUCUGUUCAAGGACGGCCAGGAAUCGGUAACGCUUCAGCAGAUCAUUGGCGAAUCGGCGUAUCGAUUGUGCGAGGAGCUCAACUCACAUAAACACUUCCGCCACAGUAUCGUGCGACACCUGACACAGUUCGCGCUACGCCCGAAAACGCUCACAGAGAAGGCGUCAGUGCUGAACCUGGGCACGCUCAUGAAUCGCUUCGAAAGUGCCCACUCGGUAGAGGAGCGGAUGGUAUAUCUGAACGAGUUUGUCAACCGUGGCGAACAGGUGUUCGACAAUGCCGAGUGUCUGGAAGUGAUUGAGCAGUGCUGUGACCUGCUGACGGCCGCUCACCUACGAUUGAUGAUUGAUUUCGAUAAGAACACACCGAUCGAGGAUAGCGAACUGACGGACGAGCGAGUGAAGCUUCGACAGCUAAUCUUGCAUACCGUCGGUGAGUUACCACCGUCCGAAUUUCAUCUCGUUCUCAUCCACAUAACCAACACGUUCGGCAAGGAGUUUGAGUGGUACGAUAGUUCCGACCUGGUACCGGCCAUUAUACAGCUGGUCAAUCGGCUGCAGAAACCUUCCGGCGAGAACUCGUCCGACGCUCCGAACGUACAGAAGCUACUCUUCCAGUCACCGGAAAUGUUUUUCAACACUGUGGUAAAAUCUAUGUUUGCAAUGGCCCCAAAUGGUAACCAGGACCUGCUGGUUGACGCAAUCGUCGAUAUCAUUAUGCGCUACAAAACGAUCGCAAAGCUCCAUCUGCGCGAUCAUCUGACGCAGCUGCUCGUAACCGAUUUUGCCGUUUGCCAUUCGUCGUCAAUGCAACGAUUCGCACAGAAGCUGUUCGAGAUGAAUCUGUUUGCGUCACACGAGUUUAUGGAGCAGUUUUUGCUGAAAGGUUUAAAGGAAGCGUACGAGCAAAAGCAUCAAUCGGCACUGUACGCACUGCUCGCGUUGAUGGCAACUGUGUGGCCUUCUUACUGCGCGAAGAUGCUGAAAGACAGCGAAAGCAGCACCCGGAAACAAACGUUGCUCAAAGAAGCUGCCACCCAGUUGACCUUACUAUCCGAUCGCAUGCGGUACGAUCUUCCGCCACCGUUCCUGGACGAAAAUGGUCCAGUUUCGCGCAAUUACCCCCUGCAUAACAUGGCAUUGGUGUCGAUGGCUACUAAGCAGCUGGUGCUGACCCUCGAUCAACUGAUAGUGGAGCUACCGGACGAAGAUGUGGAAAAAUUCCUUCAGGAGCUUCAAGAAACGGUUUAUAACUUCACCAAGCACUACUUGCUUGAUCGUCUACUAACGUUGCCAACCGCACAAACAAAUACGGCGAAGGAUAAAUCGGUCAUGACACUGUCUGAUAGCACAGCUGGUCGGAAGAAAAGAUCACCCACCACAUUGUUUACUCCAGACUAUUUUUCGGAUAAACCUCCCGCGAAGGAUGCUUCCGUAGAUUCCAUUAUCAUCUAUAUUGUACAGAUCCUUACACAGUGCACACAGGAGGAAAUACUUGAGCUCGCCCGUUACGAACAGAUCGGCGCCCACCUUCUGGCUGCCACAGCCCCAGAGCUGGUGAUGUGCUUUGAGAAACACUCCGCAAACGAUUGCGUGAGCCACUGUAUGAGCAAUUACGUAGCGUGUCUGGGGAACGUACUACUUCCGGCUGCGAAUGAACGGGGCAAUGGUACGAAGGCGUGCCAGGAUGCGGUAUGUACCGUAGUCAUGCUGCUAAAGGAUAUGAAAAAUAUUACCGGGUCGCCCGAAUAUAGCUCACUACAGACGCAGCUCGCAAUGCUGUACGCUUAUGUACAGCGUGCUGCACCGACGGUAGAGCUGGAUGAGUUAACGUCCUUUCUACAGGUGGAAGAAAGCCCCAAACCAGUGGUUAUGGAUGUGAGCGUUUAAUUAAAACGGGAGCGAAAUGGAAAGCAGUGGAAAAACGGGACAAGCGGGUGAAAGACGCUGUUGUCGACAGCAGAACGGAUAGCUCUUAGUUUGUUCAAUACAUUAUUUUUGCUUCAUUUUUCUUGGUGAUAAAGUGACCUAUAUUUAAGCUGUUGUUUACACUAUUUCUGGCUUAAUAUACCUAUUUGACCAUGUAGCCAGAUAGUCAGGCCUCGGAACGGACAAAUGCACCACUGUGACACCCCACUGCGCGCCCGGACAUGUUAGGUGAUUAUGUGUACGUCAAAAACCGGUUAAGUCAAUCCUUCCUACGGAUGGGAACGGUUUACAACGGCAUCAGGAGGUUUAGGACUGUCAGGUUUUCUAGCUUUGGUGAAUUUUUGUCACCCUUGCUGACCAGAUCCACUCGAAUUGGUACUUGAAUACGGCUAGGAGGUCGCAGUAAAAGUGAAGAAAAGGCAGACAUGGUCAGGCAAAAAGCA